AUGGAGGGAUUUCAAGACACCUUGUACUAUCAAUCCCAUCGCCAGUUCUACCGCAACUGCGUCAUCUCUGGUACGGUGGAUUUCAUAUUUGGCAUGGGCUCAGCGGUCAUCCAGAACAGUGAGAUCAUUGUGAGGAAGUGUGGCCCGACUCAGAAGAACACAAUCACAGCUGACGGCAGGGAAUUGCAGAGUGAAAUCACUGGAUUGGUAUUGCAAAACUGCAGGAUUGUACCAGACAAAGAACUCUUCCCAGUGAGGUUCGCGGUACAAUCUUACUUGGCCCGCCCAUGGAAGCAAUUAUCCACCAAUGUGUUCAUGGAAAGCGAGAUUGGUGAUUUCAUUAGGCCAGAAGGAUAUCUCAAAUGGGAUGACCACCCAUUCGAUCAAACAUGUCUUGUCUAUGAGUAUGCAAACAGAGGACCUGGUGCUGCUACUAACCUUAGGAGCAAACUUUUCAAGAAUUUCAAGGUCCUUAGCCCACAAGAAGCAACUAAAUACACUGUUGGGGCUUGGCUUAGAGGUAAUGAGUGGUUGCCUGGAACUAAUGCACCGUUCUACUUUGGUCUUGGUGGGAAAUAA